AUGCUCUGUGUAUGUCAACAGUUGAAUUUGGCCUCCUCAGACCCCCCACCAUUCCAUCAUCAUUCCAGGAAGUGCCGCUGCUGUGAUAGCAGGGCGAGGAUGGUAUUCCAUCCAUCCCAUCCACCACAUCAUUUACAUUUUCCGGAUCCUAACCAUCCUGACCCGGGUUUCGAUGACCUAGGCAGUAGCAACAUUAAAAGGACCUACGAUAAGCCCUCAAUGAGAGAAGGACGAAGGACACCCGCGAGCAGCUUAUUUCCUUGCCCAGCCGUAGCAGUGCCUCCCCUGGCAUUGACCUGUGCAUCCUGCCCAUGA